AAAAGAUCCGCCGGUCGUCUCUCCUUCCCACUCCUCCCCGCCGUACGAGGCGCACACUCCUCUCUCCUCUUGAUCCGCUCUCUGCCGCUGGCGGUUCCGGCUAGAUCCGCCCCCCCCCCCCCCCCCCCCCCCCCCCAGCUCGUCGGCGCACGUCCUCCUGCUCCGCUCGGUGCGACCUUCCUCCACUACGUCGCCUUCUGGUCCCACGGCCGUCCCCCCUUCGUCUUUGACUCGUAUCUUGCUUUGGUUAAAUCGCUCACUGACAAGUUGCCACACCACAACUUAUUGAGGGCUCCAGCAGAAAGUAAACAGUGAUUGCCAUCAUUUGAGAGUGUUUUGUAAUUAUAAAAUAAAAAUGGACGGUGAAUCUAGGAGAUGCAAUAUCCAGGAGAACAUAUUACAAGAUGAAAUUACAAGGCCAUGCAAGUUACCAUUCCAAUAUUUAAAGGAAAUCACAAACAACUUCUCUACUGAGAGAGAACUUGGUCUAGGUGCUUACGGUGUGGUGUAUAAGGGAGUGUUACCAAAUGGAGGACUGAUGGCUGUGAAGAGGCUUAAGGUGUUAAUGCCAGGCUCUGAGAAGCAAUUUGAAAACGAGGUUUAUCAUGUUAUGAGUCUUAAUCACCCAAAUAUAGUGCGAUGCGUAGGGUAUUGCUAUGAAACACAGAAUUUAUGUUUAAACUACGAUGGAAAAUACAUUUUUGCUGAGACGGCUGAGAGGUUGCUUUGUAUGGAGUAUAUGCCUGGGGGAAACCUUGAUAACCAUCUUGCAGAUGAAUCGCAUGGACUUGAUUGGCACAAGCGCUACAAUAUAAUUUGUGGGAUUUGCUAUGGCUUACAUUACCUUCACGAGGAGUGGGAAGUUAAUACUCCCAUUAUUCACUUGGACCUAAAACCAGCGAACAUAUUACUCGAUGACGAUAUGCUACCAAAGAUUGCGGAUUUUGGUCUGUCAAGGCUUUUCAGUGAACAACAAACUCGAGUUUGCACUAGAAGUCGUAGUGGAACAUGUGGUUACAUGGCACCAGAAUACAUAAAUCAAGGUAUAAUCACAACUAAGUCAGACAUAUUCAGUUUGGGUGUGAUAAUUAUACAGAUAAUAACGGGGCACAGGAACUACCCUUCGCCUUUUGAUACCGAACUGUCGUACCAUGACUUCGUUGAACUUGUGCUUAAGAAAUGGAGAAAAAGGUUGGAAGCAGCAUCAUGCGACACAUCAUCACUCGAAACAGACUACCAACAAAUAAAAAGUUGCCUGGACAUGGGUCUAAGCUGCUUGGAAACUGACCCAACAAAAAGGCCAUCAACAACAGAAAUUACCAAGAGGCUUAUUAGAUGCGGAAGCACCAAUUUCCAUGUUGGCGGUGAUAAAAGACCACCAACGCUUAAGAUUACGACUGACCCGAGGGAGUUUCUUCUGAUCAAUCCCAGCGAGCUCCAGUUCUGUUUGGAGUUAAACAAACGAAACCGUUGCCUUGUACAUCUAACUAACAAUACAAAUGAGCAUGUUGCGUUUUCUUUUGGGGCUACGAGCGCGAUGAACAACUACAGCAUUGAACCGACUAGUGCCUUUAUCUGUCCAUGGUCCACAUUUACUGUCUUUGUUACAAUGGAAGAACUGCGUGAGUUACCAUCGCGCAUGCAGUGCAACGAUGAAUUCCUUGUACAGACCAUCGUAUUGAGGGGAAGUGGACUCACAUCCAAGCACAUUACCGAUGGUAGUUUCAACAUGUCGAGCAGUGUGGUGCACAAGGCAAAAUUGACGGUUGCUUAUGUGCCACCAGCCCAACCGCCAUCCCUAUUACAUGUACGGUCUGAGGAGAUAAAGGCAUCAGAUCUGCAUAGAUUAGAAAUAUUUUGGAACUUUGUGCCCCAGGACAAACAAAACGAAGACAAACAAAACAAAGACAUAUUGAUUCGGUUCAUAUGUCAAAAUCUUGGAUUCUCGAAUGGCGGGCCAAUUGCAGCCUGUAUUGUCUACAGGUGCCUUUUACACUGGAAAUCAUUUGGAGCUGUACACACUAAUGUUUUCAGUGGUAUUAUUACGAGCAUGCGUAGUAGAAUAAAGGCCCAGGACAAUGAUAUGUUAGCAUAUUGGCUCUCCAAUUCAUCGACAUUAUUACUGCUUAUGGAGCGAACACUGAAAACAACUACAGAAGUUAGAUUCAUUCCUCGGAGAGGAAUUAUAACUGCCAAAGUGUUUGGUAGUGUGUUCGGGAGAAAUCGAGCUGCUGCUGGUAGCCACUUGAUUGGAGGCAAUGGUGGUCUUCAGAAAGUUAAAGCCAAACAUCCAGCUCUGGUUUUCAAGAGAAACCUUAGAGGUUUCACUGAGAAGGUUUAUGGAAUGAUAAGAGAUAACUUGAUGAAAGAGAUAUCUCCGUUGCUUGGGUGUUGCAUCAAGGCACCAACAAUAUUAUGUCAAGCACUGUUUGACCAUUGGCAGAGCAUUGUCAAUAUAUUAACAGACUACUUGAGUGUUUUGAAAGCCAAUCAUGUCCCGUCAUUCUUAAUCAGCAAAAUGUUCACUCGAGUCUUCUCAUUUAUUGAUGUUCAGUUGUUCAAUAAUUUGCUUCUAUCUGAGUGCUGUUCAUUCAGCGAUGGAGAAUAUAUCAAAACUGGAUUAGCUAAGUUAGAACAGUGGUGCAUCUAUGAGACUGAUCAGUAUGCAGGCUCUUCCUGGGAAAAACUGAAGCACAUUAGAGGGGCAGCUAUAUUCCUUACUAUGCGUGAUAAACAGAAGAAAACAUUGGAAGAAAUCACUUGCCAUGUGCUUACCAAACCGCAGAUAUACCGAAUCUGUACACUUUAUCGGGAUGACAGAUAUGGCACCAAUGACGUUUCACCCCUUAUUGACAUUCUCCGGAGUAUGGAAUGUGCAAUGUGGAAAGAUGGGUGGUAUAUUAUACUGAACUGGUCGAUAAUCGUGGCAAAACUACAUUCUGUGCUGUUGGCUGAUGACUCAGCAAGCAUUCCAUUCUUGGUGGACGACGUCCUGGAGUCAAUGAAGGAAUUCGCGUUGACAGAUGUUGAUAUGCCACCUCUGAUCAGGGAGAAUCCUCAGUUUGACUUCCUACGGCGAAGACCAGAAUUCUGCCCAUGACUGCCGCCUCAGUUGCUGCACCACUUCUCUUGCGUUGCGUUGCUGGAUUCCUUGAAAAUUUGUGUUUGAUGCAGAACACUCCACAAUUGAUUCCGGGAGAAAGGAAAAUAGCAAAUAGGAGUAUCAGAACUCCUGCUCUACAUAGGAAUGCAUGUGCAACAAACUCAUUCCUGAAGUAGGUCCUUCCAACUGUACAUAUAUGUAAUAUGUUUGAAGGAAAAUCUUGUUGUAGUCUGUUA